UAUCAAUUCUCAACAUGGCCAACGGAAGCGAAGGCAAUGGCUACGCCAUGCAGGCUGAAUCACAGCCGGCACCCCUCGACGCCUCUAAACUGAAAGUUACCCUCAGCGAGACAUUGAAGCCUAUGCCGCCUCUGGAUGACCUGGCGUUUGGCAAGCAUAUGUCCGACCAUAUGAUGGUCUCAACGUAUCACCCAGUGACUGGCUGGACAGACCCCGAGAUCAAGCCCUAUGGACCCUUCGUUCUCGACCCUGUCUGUUCGUGCUUCCAAUAUUCCACGAACUUGUUCGAGGGUAUGAAGGCAUACAUUGGCCCCGAUGGCAAAGCCCGUCUUUUCCGCCCGGAUAUGAACAUGACUCGAAUGCGGCGUUCACGUGAUCGUGUCGCACUACCUAGCUUCGAUACGGACGAGUUGCUCAAGAUCAUAAAGAAACUCGUCCAGAUUGAGCGGCGUUGGUUCCCCAAUGCUCCAGACCACACCCUGUACGUUCGCCCCACGAUCAUCGGUACCAGGCCUUCGCUCGGUGUUGCGGCAUCGGACCACGCCCUCCUGUACGUGGUAUGUGGCCCGACGGGUCCUUUCUUCCGUGUGUCCCGUAUGCUGUCUUUGAUGGCAGUAUCGGAGCACGUUCGGUCAUGGCCAGGCGGCACGGGUGGUUACAAGCUCGCUGGAAACUACGCUCCAACCUUUAUGCCUCAGGCGGAGGCAGCGAAGCGGGGGUACGACCAGGUCCUCUGGCUCAUCGGUGACAAGAUCACGGAGGCCGGUGCCAUGAACUUCUUCAUUGUGCUGAAGCGUGACGAUGACGACCUUGAUGUCUACACACCACCAGACGACGGCACUAUUCUCCCUGGUGUUACCCGUGAUUCCGUUAUCCGCCUCUUGCAGGCGCACGGCACAUCGACAACGAUUGAGGGCAUCCCGCAGACGGUUCAUGUGGAGGAACGCCCUGUGACACUUUCGGAAGUUGCACAGUGGUCGGCGGAUGGCCGUCUCCUCGAGGUUUUCACUGUCGGCACAGCUGUUAUUGUCGCUUCCGUCGGUCGCAUUGGUGUCGAGGGCAAGGAUGACAUCGAACUGCCUAAACAUGAUAUCCAGAUGGGUCCGGUUGCACGCGCUAUACACAAAAAGAUGACCAACAUACAGUGGGGCCGCGAGGAGUUCGAGGGCUGGUCUGUCGCCUGCGAGUAAGCACCCGCUGACAUGGAACAAUGCUGGCUGCAUUCGUCCUGCACCCGAUAGGGAUCGCUGUUGUUAUGUUUAGAUCGUGCAUAUAUCGUGAAUGUAUGAAUAUAUACC